AUGACAAUGUUUAACGUUUAUUCAUCAGAUAAUGAUUUAAUAAAAACACUCAAAGCGCAUCCUAUUUCACCGUCAACGACAAAGUGGGUUAUGUGCUACAAGAUUGUUAUUGAUUUUCUCAGAAAAAAUAAAAUGUAUUCAACAAUUAAAGCAAUUGACCAAGAAUUAUUCGAAUACGAUGUUACAUCUAAACAAAUAUUAGCCCACAAUCCUAAAAAGUAUAAGAAAUUGAUGCCAGAAGGUAGUUCUCAAUACUUAGAAUCUUUAUGCAAGGAAUUUGACGUUUGCAACUCUACAAAUGAUUCUAUUAAUGUUGAUUCAUUAGUCGACUCCAAACCAACAAUUUUACCAGAUCGAAAUUAUUAUCCUCUAUAUGAUCCAAAAACAGGGUAA